AUGCCUCCCACCCCAUAUGCAGUAGUAUCGGACAUACUAGCCACUAUCAACACGUGCAUUAUAGCAGAUUCACAUUGUCGUGUCCUUGUGACUGGUGCUGCUGGAUUCAUCGGUUUCCACACCGCCAAGGCACUUUUGGCUCGUGGAGACGAUGUCAUUAUCAUUGAUGAGCUCAAUGACUACUACGAUGUAAAACUCAAACAGAGCAACCUCGAUUGGCUCACGAAUAUAUACAGCAGCCGAGUGAGUGUGUACAUUGGUGACUUGUGCGAUCAGCAGUUCGUACACCGUGUAUUUAAGGAGACCAAGGCCAACUCGGUGGUGCAUCUAGCCGCCCGUGCUGGUGUACGUCCGAGCAUCGACAGCCCGCUCAUGUACAUCCAGGCGAACGCGGUGGCUACGAUGGUGAUGUUGGACGCGUGCCGCGAGUUUGAUAUCAAGAAGUUUGUGUAUGCGAGCAGCAGCUCAGUGUACGGCGGCAGCAUGAAGGAACGGUUCAGUGAAGAGGACAUUGUGGAUUUUCCUGUGAGUCCGUAUGCCGCGACCAAGAAGAGCUGCGAGCUGCUAGCGCAUACGUAUCAUCACCUGUACGGUCUGGACACUAUCGGACUGCGCUUCUUUACGGUUUACGGACCACGUGGUCGCCCCGAUAUGGCACCAUUCAAGUUCAUGGACCGCAUUGCCCGUGAUGUGGCCAUAGAUCAGUAUGGAGACGGCUCUUCUUCGCGUGACUAUACGUUUAUCGACGACAUCGUACAGGGUGUUGUGCUGAGUCUGGAUCGUGGUCAUGGCUGUGAGGUGUUUAAUCUCGGUCGAGGCACACCCGUGCUAUUAGAGGACUUCAUUUCGAUUAUCGAGGGACUUGUGGGCAAGAAAGCAAAGAUCAAUAUCCUGCCAGACCAGCCAGGUGACGUGCAACGUACAAGUGCCGAUAUCUCGAAGGCGGAGCGGUUGCUAGGCUACAAACCGACGACUCCAUUGGAACAGGGUCUGGCAAAGACGUGGAAUUGGUAUUCGAAGCUCUACAACAUGAAGACGAAAGAAUCUUCGUAG